ACCUGUAGAUAUUUGCGCGCGUAGGUUAUGUUCAGUGAUAGAAUAAGUUGGUAUAAGAUAAUCCAUUACUUACGUCAAAGAUUAAAGGAUUGUGUAUGUAUAUAAAAAGAUUGUCAAUAGAAAAAAUGAUGGUUAUCAGUUCUAAAUCGAUUUUUAAGACAGUGUAUGAUGAAUCUUGAAGAAGUUUUCAUUGCGAUAUUUCUAUACUGAAAAGGAAUAAUUAUUACUUCAUCCUGUGAAUAUAAUGGCUUUUGUGAAGAAAACAUUUUAAUGAGUAUAACCAAUAGAUAUUCUUAAGUUUUCAAAAAGAAGGAAACAGUUUAGGACUAGCCGACAUUAAUGCUUUUUUCUGUGAAGUGUGUGUGUUAGUUCGGCAUACAUGUAUUACGUUUUGGAGUUCUUGAUUGGUUGUAAUGAAAAUUAUUUAGAGCACGGGUCAUUGAUACUAUUUUCUUCAUCAAGGAAUACAGUCGGUCCGAACAAAUUAAUAAACCCCAUAAUCUAAUGGGCGAUCUGGACAGAAUAGAAUUACUGGGACUUUAAAGAAGACAGAAACGCCUUAUAUAAUUAUAUAGAAAUACGUGGUAUCACAUGUUCUGAAAAAGGAUUCAGACCAAUAACAAAGAAACAUGCUCAAGUUUAUGAAAGAAAGUGGAAAAUCAUCAGGAAAUAAACAAGACCGAAUAGCUGUAUGGUCUCAGACGACAAGUUAUCCUGGAGUACCCGGUUUACAUAGUGAAGUUGGUCGAGGGGCGCACGCCCGAAAUUCAAACGCUGAUAACGAAUUAAAAAGCACGGUUUCUGCCAUGGAGUCGAUUCACAAAAAGGAAAUCAAAAAAUUGGAUUUCUCAAAAAAACAUGUCGAAAGUUCCAUGGUUGCUUACAGUGAAAAGAUGCGACGCAUUUCAACAGACAAAUUUGUUGAGCGAUUAAAGUUUGAACAAGAAGAAGAAAAUUCGAAACGGUGGACAAAUAUAACCAAACUUUAUGACGAGGCGAUAAAAACCGUUUCAUCUGAGAUAAAUUACACGCACGCAAUAGAUCGUGUUCAUAGUAUUUCCUUUUCUUACCCACGAAAUCCAACGCCUCCUAAACGUAAAGCCAGUCAACAGGAGAGGCUUGCUAGUUUCGUACAGACAGAUGACGAUAUUCCUUCUGUCGAGUCUAAAUGCAUUGAAUAUAAACCUGAACUAGAAACCGCCAAGCGAACGCGCAAAAGAGCCACUGUAUUCGCCCCACAUGUGUUAACUCAAAAUUGUGACAAACUGCCUCCGAUAAACAUACGACCAGAUAUGAACAAAUCUGUUGAAUUACAAGACAUCAUUCUGAAAGAGGAAAUUGUUCGUGAUUCACAUGACAAAUCAUUAAGCGAUUUACCGAGAAGCAGCACACCUAAGAAAAUGUCAGAAGUCGAAUUACCAACAAUCCGAACGCCGAGAAGUAGCGUUGUGAUUUCUUCUUUUCCUGGAUUAACAGAAGACGAAAUUCAGAAAUUCCACAUUCCCAGCCCGGAAGAAUAUAGUCCUACUGAUGACGGUAAGUCGAGUGAUCCACCAAAAGCAGUUAGAAAAUCCUCGAAAACGACCCGUAAAGAAUCUCGCAACGGCAGCCAUCAUGAUGUUCGCCUUGCCAGCUUAUUAAACAAUGCAAGCAAAGAGACAACCCGUAUAAGGAAAACAUCAAAGGACACGCGAGACAAAACAAUUAGUCAGGAACACCCAGUAGGAUUUAAUCCUCAUAGACGAAGAAGUUUAUCAAUGCCAACUUCUCAGAGAUGUCACAAACACUUGAAAACUAAGUGUCUUGUAGAUUGUGAGGGGAAUGAAAUUGUGCUAAAAUCCGUGUUACGUCAUCGCAAAACCAGUGACAUCACAUACAUGGUAAAGAAAUCUGUGCAGUUUCAGUUACCGGAUCUGGACAAAAGCCAUUUUGAUUUGUAUAAACAUGCUAAAUGUGAACAAUCGCCAAAUACUAUCACAAUUAUACGAACAGAUUAAGAUAUAGAUGUAUGUGUAUCAAAACUAAAUCUGUAUUCAUAGAACGAAAAUUCAAAUCAAAAAUUCUACGGGAGAAAAGCAAUCUAUGAGCUACCUCUAAUCCUAGAUUAACUCGUUCUGACUCUUCCACUGCAUCCAAUAAAUGUAUAAUUAAUGUGGACAAAGAAUACGAAUAAUUACGACUAAUCUGAACUAAAGACAGUCUGAAAACAAUUUUAAAACAAACUAAAUUUUGACCGUCUAGUAAUGUAUGUUACCACAUUAUAAACUGAUUUGUUCAAAACUGUUUUCUUCCGUACCUUAGCAUUGAAACCACACAACCGAUCGUGGCAUACACCAGAACAAUACACUGUCUGGGAAAUGCACCUUGUUUCGUGUUUUGCGCUUGUGGGUUACUCCCCCUCCGAAACUCCCAUUCGAAAGAUUCUUUGCAUUUUGAGGGAAGCCAUAUCAUUGCAGGUUAUGGAUGCUCACAAUCGCCCCCCUUAUCGUUUCUUAUUAUUGUUCACUACUUGCAAUGGGGGAUGGGUGUGUCCUCGGUUUUGUCUUCUGCGUGGUUUCAGUUUUGUGUGGUGCUGUUCUCUUGAACUUACUAUGGAAUUUGUAUGGUUCGGCUGAUUAAAGGCCAGCUUGUUCAAGAUUUAUUAUUAGGCAAAUAGAAUGUAUCAAGGCAAAACACACGAGCGUUUAUCAAUAUUUACAUUAUAGAUACGCGCCCUUUUUGAUAUGGUUCCUGGGUUUACUUCUUGGCAAAUGUGUUUUAUAUACAUAUUUCAGAUCCGUUGGUUGUAUUACGACUCGCAG